AUGGGGACACUCGUGGCCAAGCUGCUCCUGCCCACCGUCAGCAGCCUGGCCUUCCUGCCCACCAUCAGCGUUGCUGCCAGGAGGCGCUUCCACAUGGAAGCCAUGGUCUACCUCUUCACCAUGUUCUUCACGGCGCUCUACCAUGCCUGCAGUGGCCCAGGCCUGUCCAUACUCUGCUUCCUGCGGCUGGAUGUCCUGGAAUACUUCAGUAUCUACGGCACCGCACUGAGCAUGUGGGUGUCUCUGAUGGCGCUGGCUGACUUCGACGAGCCCAAGAGGUCAACACUGGUGAUGUUUGGCGUCCUGACCAUCGCGGUGCGGGUCUACCAUGACCGCGAGGGCUACGGCGUGUACUCGGGCCCCAUCGGCACCGCCGUCCUCAUCACCGCUGCAAAAUGGCUUCAGAAGAUGAAGGAAAAGAAGGGUCUGUACCCUGACAAGAGUGUCUACACCCAGCAGGUAGGCCCUGGCCUCUGCUUUGGGGCCCUGGCCCUGAUGCUACGCUUCUUCUUUGAGGAAUGGGAUUACACCUACGUCCACAGCUUCUACCACUGCGCACUGGCCAUGUCCUUCGUCCUGAUGCUUCCCAAGGUCAACAAGAAAGCCGGAAGUACAGAGACCCCCGCCAAGCUGGACUGCCCCACCCUCUGUGGUGCCUGCAUCUGA